AUGGAAUCGAAUAUCAAACUCCAAAAGGAGGAAGGUGCCGUAUUUCAUGAUCCUACUCAAUAUAGGAAAUUGGUUGGUAAGUUACUUUAUCUAACAAAUACAUGGCUUGGCAUCAGUUACAUCGUGAAUCUUCUAAGUCAGUUCAUGGAAGCCCCACGGAUACCUCACUAUGAUGCUCUCAUUAAGGUCAUUCGGUGUCUCAAAAAUACACUAGGCCAAGGACUCUUCUUUCCUGCCAAUUCACCAUUAAAAAUCACAACCUACUCGGAUGCUAAUUGGGCCAAUUGCCCCGACACACGACGAUCAACAAUUGGCUUUUGCAUGUUCAUUGGUCAAUCUCUCGUUGCCUGGAAAUCGAAGAAGCAGAACACUAUCUCGCUAUCCUCGGCUGAAUCAAAAUACAGAGCCAUGGUUGCUGCAGUUUGUGAACUUACAUGGCUUCGAUAUUUUCUCAACAACCUCUACAUUACGAUUGAUGAUCAAGCCACCUUGUAUUGUGACAAGUUAGCUGCAUUGCAUAUAGCUGCCAACCUCGUGUUCCAUGAGCGAACCAAGCACAUUGAACUAUAUUGUCAUCUAGUUCGUGACAAAAUUUCAGCUGGCCAAGUAGUUAAGUUGCCUGAGCUUUUGGCAUAUGUGAAUAUUGAAGAGGAAACGCUGACACGCUCGCAGCAGAAAUUAUUUCAUUUUCUCAAGUAUCAACUCAAUCCUUACUCUAUUGCAUUGAAAUAUAGUAUUUGA